AUGGGGGGCGGAUACGUAACCACUCUUCUGCUGCUGCUGUGCAUUUCAGGCCUGAUCUACCUCCUCGUGCGCAGACCGAGGUCCCAGAGAAGCCACCUUCCCCCCGGCCCCGCUCCCCUGCCUUUCCUGGGCAACGCGCUAGAGCUGAAAGCGGAGGGGAUGGUGAAUUCGCUCAGGGAGCUCAGGGACAAGUACGGCCCGGUCUUCACGGUUCAUCUGGGCCCCCGGCGGGUCGUGGUCCUGUGGGGGUACGAGGCCGUGAAGGAGGCCCUGGAGGAUCGAGCCGACGAGUUCAGCGGGAGAGGGAAGCUGGCGGCCUUCGAGGAGGCUGUCCAGGGGUUUGGGCUGCUCUUCUCCAACGGGGAGCGGUGGCGGCAGCUGCGCCGGUUCUCCCUCGCCGCGCUGCAGGACUUCGGCACGGGGCAGCGGAGCGUGGAGCAGCAGAUCCAGGACCAGGCCCAGCGCCUGGUGGAGGAGUUCAGGAAAACCAAGGGUUCGCCCUUCGACCCCACCUUCUUCCUGAGCCGCUCGGCCUCCAGCGUCAUCUGCUCCAUCGUCUUCGGCCAGCGCUUCGAUUCCGCGGACGAGAGCUUCCUCGACUUGCUGGCCAAGACCAACCAGCUCUUCGUGCGGUUCAGCUCCACCUGGGGACAGCUCUACGAGAUGUUUUCCUGGGUCAUGCGCUUCCUUCCAGGAGCCCACAAACAGAUCUUCCGAGACCUGGAGGACAUCAACAGCUUCAUCUUGGAGAGGAUCAAAGCGAACCAGGCGUCUCUGGACCGUGAUAACCCGCGGGAUUUCAUCGACUGCUUCCUCCUCCAGAUGGAAAAGGAAAUCCUGAACCCCGCCACGGAAUUCCACCUCAGAAACUUGGUCCUGACGGCGUUCAACCUCUUCUUCAUCGGCACCCAGACCGUCAGCUCCACCCUGCGCUACGGACUCCUGAUCCUGCUGACACACCCGGAGGUGGAAGAGAAGAUGACCCAGGAGAUCGACCGGGUGAUCGGGCGUAGCCACAUGCCGGCGGUGGAGGACCGGAGCCGGAUGCCCUACACCGACGCCGUCAUCCACGAGAUUCAGAGGUUCAGCGACGUUAUUCCCAUGAACCUCCCGCACGCCCUGACCUGGGACACCCACUUCAGGGGCUACACCAUUCCCAAGGGCACGGAGGUGUUCCCAGUGCUGAGCUCUGUGCUGCGGGACCCCAGCCGCUUCAGGGACCCCGAGAGAUUCGACCCCGGGCGCUUCCUCGACGAGCAGGGUCAAUUCAAGGCGAACGAGGCCUUCAUGCCAUUCUCCACAGGGUCUUUAAUAAGCUGGAUGCUGAAGCAGUUACAAGCAAACCCCGAAUGAACACGAACUAAGGAAGCGCAGGGCCAGCUUUCCUCCCCGGGGAACGCAGGAAGCGUCACCGUCCUUACGAGCCCAGCACGUUUUCAGGAGAACAUCCAGUAACGGCCGAGAGCCUCAUCGCGGGGACGUCCCGUUGAGUCCCGCCAGGAGCGUCUGCCUCAGCAGGCGUCAAGCGGAAACCGCGUUAAAAUCUCA